UGCACGUCCAGCGAUGUUAUAGGUCUUUGGUUUUGGGACACGGCUUUCUUGACUGCUGCAACUGUCAUCAAAUGCAACGCACACAAAGAUCAGUGUACUGUUCCACAAGGUGAUUGCAAACAAGUGCCGAAUGACCGAAACACAAUAAUAAUCACAAUGCCAACUUAUGAACUUGCUGUGAUAUUCAGAGCAUUGCAACGGCCGGAGCUGUCUCAAGCAGUCAAGAGAUGUUGCACAAACAUUUUAGACAAGGGCGGCAUCAUCCGAGGGAUGGAGAACCUGGGCGAGAAGCCACUCCCCUACAGGAUGAGGGCGCACGGCUCCAGAUUCUAUGAGGGGAAUUACAUUCUGAUCCAGUUUGACGGGGCAACGUCCCUCCCAACUCAGCUGCACGAGGAGCUGCGGAGAGACACGGACGUAAUACGAAGGAACGUUUAUACUGACGACGAGUUUGUCCGGCCCUGUUUAGAGGGGCCUUGUGAGUUUGGAGAACUGCAGAAUCCUGACCACGAGAAGAGAGUCUGGUGGUCUCGGGUCACCAAGCGAUACACCAGAUGGGAGAGGAAGAAGAAAGAGCGGAGUGCGUAGAGUGAUGGGGUUGGGGGUUUUUUUUGUGUGUGUAAAUGGGGGGUGGGGAGGAGGGAGAGGAAAGGUAGAAAUACAGAGACUGACAACAAAAUGGGACACAAAUGAAUGCAGGGGGGGAGUGGAAGAAUAGGGAAAUACGGAGAGAGAACAUAAGUGGUGUGAAUGAAUGAGGGGGAUGGGGACUGCCAGUAGCUGAUCAUUUGUUGUUCUUUUUUGUAUUUAUAGGUCUUCUGUAGAUUUUUCUGCAUGGCUUGCAAUUCUUUGUAUCAGUAAGAGAAAAUAUGUUAGAAUGCUGUUGUGAAUGUCUCAAAUGAAAUUAUGGACAUAUUGACCUCUUUUAAUGUGAAAAUAAAUGUUUGCCCAUCUUCUUAA